CUUCCUCCAAAGAUUUCAGUUUGUUUUCCUGCUGGGAAAACCAAGAACGACGCGGAGGAAAAAGAUGGAAGGCGGUAGACAGCAAACGUAGAAUAAAUGUCCAUCUCGUCCGGGUAGCGAAAUAGAGGGAGGGGACAAACCCAGGGGCGGCAAAGAGGGAGCUACCCAUUAAAACCAGCUCUGAGAGUCCUGGCGGCGGCGGCGGCGGCGCGGGACGCGUCACAUCCCCUUGACCCUCCAAUCACCUCAGGCUCCCAUUUGAUUGGAAGGCGGCAAAGGCUUUAAUCUCCCCCUUGGUGCAGCUGCUUUUGAAGUGAGUUUCCUCGCCAGAGCCCGGGCUGGACAAGCAGCGGCUCACAUCGCUGAGCGCAGCGCCGGCUCUGGGCCGGGAGAGCGUAACGCAGGGCGCAGCCCAAGGCAGACAACGUGCACCGCGGGGCACCCCGCAGUCCACCCGGCUCUUCCAGCCUCGUCACGGCUCCUCUGCGGACCACCCAGGAUUAUUCGCUUCUGGCUCCAGGCUCCAAGAAGGCGUGCGAGGCACCCGCGUCCGCCGAGCCAGCUCCUCCUCUAGCUGCUCCCGCUCCCCGAGCGAGCGCGCAACCCCGAGCCCGCCCCGUGCGUCCCGGAGCCCUCCCCCCCGCUGCUCCCAUGCGCGCGGGUGGGUCAUGAGCACAGCGCCCUCGCUUUCUGCCCUAAGAAGCAGUAAGCACAUCGGCGGCGGCGGCAGUAGUGGCAGUGCGGACCCUGCCUGGACCAGCGCGCUCUCUGGAAAUUGCUCCAGCCACGGCCCAGGCUCGUCCCUGGCCGGCAGCACCAAGCCUUUUGUGCACACCGUGCCCCCUUCUGAUCCCCUGCGCCAGGCUAACCGCCUGCCCAUCAAGGUGCUGAAGAUGCUGACGGCACGGACUGGUCACAUUUUGCACCCAGAGUAUUUGCAGCCCCUGCCUUCCACGCCCGUCAGCCCCAUCGAGCUGGAUGCCAAGAAGAGCCCACUGGCAUUGCUGGCGCAAACAUGUUCGCAGAUAGGGAAGCCUGACCCUUCGCCCUCUUCCAAACUCUCCUCUGUCGCCUCCAACGGGGGCGGCGCGGGUGGCGCAGGCAGCGGAGCCGGGGGCGACAAGGACGCCAAGUCGGGCCCCCUGAAACUGAGCGACAUCGGCGUAGAAGACAAGUCGAGUUUCAAGCCUUACUCCAAGCCUGGUUCAGAUAAGAAGGAGCCGGGAGGCGGCGGUGGAGGCGGCGGGGGUGGCGGCGGCGGCGGGGGUGUUUCUGCGGAGAAGUCAGGAUUCCGGGUACCGAGCGCCACCUGCCAGCCAUUUACGCCCAGAACAGGCAGUCCCAGCUCCAGCGCCUCGGCCUGUUCGCCGGGAGGCAUGCUGCCCUCCGCCGGGGGCGGCCCGGAGGGCAAGGACGACAAGAAAGAUCCGGAAGCUGGCGGCGGUGGCAGCAGCAAGGGCGUCGGGGGCUCCUCGGCGGACGGGGUACCUACGGGGCUGACACACGGGAGGAUUAGCUGCGGCGGUGGAAUUAACGUGGAUGUGAACCAGCACACGGACGGGGGUCCAGGGGGCAAGGCUCUAGGUUCGGACUGCGGCAGCUCUUCCGGCUCUAGCUCCGGUUCAGGCCCCAGCGUGCCCACCUCGUCGUCGGUGUUAGGCUCUGGGCUGGUGGCUCCCGUGUCUCCCUACAAACCCGGCCAGACAGUGUUCCCUCUACCCCCCGCGGGCAUGACCUACCCAGGCAGCCUGGCUGGGGCCUAUGCUGGCUACCCGCCCCAGUUCUUGCCACAUGGCGUGGCUCUCGACCCCACCAAGCCUGGCAGCCUAGUAGGGGCUCAGCUGGCGGCGGCCGCGGCCGGCUCUCUUGGCUGCAGUAAGCCAGCCGGUUCGAGUCCCCUGGCCGGGGCGUCGCCGCCGUCUGUGAUGACAGCCAGUUUGUGCCGGGACCCAUACUGCCUCAGCUACCACUGCGCCAGUCACCUGGCCGGAGCUGCAGCUGCCAGCGCCUCGUGCGCUCACGAUCCGGCAGCUGCAGCCGCAGCGCUCAAAUCGGGAUACCCACUGGUGUACCCCACACACCCACUGCACGGUGUGCACUCCUCGCUGACCGCUGCCGCCGCUGCGGGCGCCACACCACCCUCCCUUGCUGGCCACCCCCUCUACCCCUAUGGUUUCAUGCUCCCUAAUGAUCCGCUCCCCCACAUCUGCAACUGGGUGUCAGCUAAUGGGCCAUGCGACAAGCGCUUCGCCACGUCGGAAGAGCUGCUGAGCCACUUGCGGACCCAUACGGCCUUUCCUGGGACAGACAAACUGCUAUCGGGCUACCCCAGUUCUUCGUCUCUCGCCAGCGCCGCCGCAGCAGCCAUGGCUUGUCACAUGCACAUCCCCACAUCGGGCGCACCAGGCAGUCCUGGGACCCUGGCGCUGCGCAGCCCCCACCAUGCACUGGGACUCAGCAGCCGUUACCACCCAUAUUCCAAGAGCCCACUCCCCACGCCCGGUGCCCCCGUGCCGGUGCCCGCUGCCACCGGACCCUACUACUCCCCCUACGCCCUCUACGGACAGAGACUGACCACUGCCUCGGCGUUGGGUUAUCAGUGAGGGUAGCCGCGAGGAAUUCGGAGGGAGAGAAAAGAGCUGGGGGGGGGGG